AUGCCGAGGCGCAGGGAAAAUGUGGAAUGCAUCCAUUGCGGACGCUUCCAUCCACAGUAUUAUGGCGCGGCAUUAAAAGGCCAUGCGAGGGUACAUCAGAACCGUCGAGAGGCUGCUCAAAGACAACGUGACCUCUCGACAGAAACAGAAGAUGAUGUGGUAUCAAUUCCACACGUUGCAGACGUACUUCGUCGUGUCCGGCGUCUAAAGCAAGAGCAACUUACUACUGAUAAUGUGGCACAAAAGCUGCUAGACGUAUGGGGUGAUGACGACGCGAGAAUGGCGUUGCUGCACCGUCUGAUGACUCCUCGUCUUCCACCUGGGCAAGGAGCAAGAUCGCUAUUGGCGACUGCCAGAAACAUAAUCCUUACCUUAACUGGUCCUCUGAUCCGAGCUGCGGUAAUGAUUCCCAGUUACUUCGAGCCUGGACCUUUGGAAGACCCUAUAUGGCCUGAGCAGGAGCCGUCCCACUACCCCAUACAUUCCUCCUUGGCAAGAACGUCAGUUGGAUUGGCUCUCCUUCGAGAUGAUGCUCGCGCAGUUGAGAUGCUAGUCACGCUUGAGAUGAGCCCGAACGGUAUGCUUUUAUGUGGGUACAACAUUUUGGCUGUGGCCGUCUUAACAUCGGCGAGGGAGGUCAUAGACUACCUCCUAUCCCUCAAGGAUGAGAUUCAAGUUGACCAGCAGGCAAACGCCUACGGUGAGCAAGAGACGGCGAUAACGCUGGCAUGGAAGAUUGGGAAUAUGGACGCGUUCAGGAAGCUCUUAACUCACAAUGGGGGUGGAGUCCCAGGCCGAAGCCUUUUUUGCAUCUGUGCUCAUGAACAGCAUGAUGCGUUCAAUGAGGUACUUCAACUGGGUUUGGAUGGCCGAGAACUUCUUCGGGCCCAACAUCCGAUCAACCAGGAGACCCCUCUUCAUGCCGCCGUAUUAAACAUGGAUUAUGCUGUCUUGGACGCAGUAAUGCAAUUGGCCGCGCGGGUUGGUAACAGUGAGGGUGACACGUAUCCUCAAUAUCUGCACCUUCGAAAUAGACAAGGCCAAACGCCUCUGAUGUAUGCGAUCGAGCAUCAGAAAUACAGGAACAUCGUAACCCUUCUCGACGACCAAGACAUCAAUCUUAACAAGCGAGCGUGGGGCGGCCAGACCGCGCUAUGGUAUGCUGCUCGCGCCGUGGAUCUAGCGCUCGUCGAUAUACUCCUCAUACUGCGGUGCGAUGCGGGCAACCCUCUUCCUCUUCAGUUUCCGACCAAAGGUACUCCGCUCAAUGCCUUGCUCUAUGCAUAUGAGGACAUUCUACAAGUAUACACGCAUGAACUACUGGAAGGUGUAAAGGGAGCACACAGGAGAUUCAGUCAGGGGAAGAAGGACAUUCUUGAGAUUGCUCGGACGUUACUCCAGUACGGUUGUCAAGCAAAUGUCGGGGAUGAUCGUUGGCGAAUGCCUAUGACCGAAAGACCAGAGGGAUUUCCAGAGUGGGGGGCGUUGUUCACGUAG